GGCUCGGGCUCAGUGGUAGUAUCAGCAGCGUAGGUGGAGCUGAAGCGGUGUUGGCCAUGAUCUCUCUGGAUCUGGGCUGGGACGUGCUCGGCGUGUACGUGGAGAACCAGGUCUCGGUGGGUCUGCAGGGCUCGAGCGUGGGGCUGGCGCUCGCGCUGGGCUUCGGGGCCGCCUACGCAUGCUACUACCUCACCUCCAUCGCCAAGAAGCCAAAGCUGAUAGCAGGGGGGAAGAAGUUUUAUGAAUUCCUGAGGGACCACUGCCCUGUGGUGACAGAGACGUAUUACCCCCCCUUCUGGUGCUGGGAGAGCCGAGUACAGACCCUCCUCCGGCCCUUCGUUACCGCCAAACCCUGGGUGUCCUACAGGAAUGAGCUGAUCAGGGCACCAGAUGGAGGCCAGAUUUCUCUGGACUGGUUUGAUAAUGACUCCAGCACCUCCCACCCGGACCCAUCAAGCCGCCCCACCGUCCUGCUGCUGCCAGGCCUGACCGGAACCAGUCGAGAGUCCUACAUCCUGCACAUGGUCCAACAGAGCCGUGAGCUGGGAUACAGAUGUGUGGUGUUCAACAACAGAGGCGUGUCUGGUGAGAAGCUGCUGACUCCACGGACGUACUGUGCAGCCAACACAGAGGAUUUGGAGAUGGUGAUUGAACAUGUGCAGAAGACUCAUCCUGCUGCCCCAAUCAUGGCUGCUGGUGUUUCUAUGGGAGGGAUGAUGCUGGCUAACUAUCUGGGCCGUAAGGGUCGCCGGACGUGUCUGAAGGGAGUGGUGGUGUUCUCGGCCGGCUGGGACGUUUUCGAGUGCACGGCGUCUCUGGAGAAACCCCUCGACCGUUUCCUCUUCAACUCCUACCUCACCAGCUGCCUGCAAGCCUCCGUUCACCGACAUCGGCCUGUUCUCGAAAAGAAUUAUGACAUAGACCAUGUGAUGAAGGCCAAAACCAUCCGAGAGUUCGACGAACGCUUCACGUCAAUUAUGUUCGGUUACCCAACCAAUGACGAUUAUUACCGUGACGCCAGCCCCAUCCACAAGCUGAAGUCCGUCCAGGUGCCAAUGCUGUGCCUCAAUGCAGCCGACGAUGUCUUUUCGCCCAAUCACGCCAUUCCUGUUGAAGUUGUGAAGCAAAACCCCAACCUGGCGCUCCUCAUCACCUGCCAUGGGGGACAUAUCGGGUUUCUGGAGGGCCUGUGGCCGCGUCAGAGCACCUACAUGGACAGAGUGUUCCGGCAGUUUGCUAAAGCCGUGAUCGAACAGGGCAGCAGGCUGACCAACCUGCAGUGACCAGACGCCCUGUACAGCGCCCUCUACAGCCAUGAGCAAAAAAUACCCACAAACCCACCCUACAUUUCCCAAACCACACCUGUCUGAAUGGCACAUACGGUUUUCAUUCAUCCAUCUGUUUCAUCCAACUACCUUUUCUUCUGUCACCCAACCAUCCAUAUCAUUCGUUUCCAUAGGUUGGGUCGAUCGACCUUGAUCUAUCCGUCCAGAUCCAUGUUUGUUUAUCUGUUUUAUUUGUAUUGGUUUACAGCUGUGACUUGUUUGUGUUUGAGAGGAUGUUUUCAUCAUACUGUACAUGAGGUCUGCUAUUCCAUGGUGAUUUUUGACCAACCUUCAUUUUAGAUGAAACUAAAAAUUGUUAGACUUGAUGCAGAAAAAAAAGGAAAACUUGGUGCCGUUGUGGCCUGAGAUUCAGAAACUUGUACAAACUUGUUUCUUUGGAAGUCUACAGUUGCCUCAAAACUCUGACUUUAAUGGAGCGUUCAGCAAGUUCACAAAAAAUUCUCAGACACUGGUAGAAACCCACAGGUGAGGAGCCAGAACGAUUUCAAUUUCAAAAUAUUGACUUUGAAGACCAGGUAAUGCUGAGGUUCUGAGUCAUUCCAGCUAAAACUAAAAAUUUGUCCGCAGCUUGUGGUGAUUGUUGAUCCGGGGUUUGACUGUAAAACGUUAGUCUCUAACACCAGUCUGAAGCUAUAUUGCCACAGUGGCUCAAGAUUUAGAAAUUCGAACAAAAUCUUCAAAUGGAAGUCUACAGUUGCCCCAAAACUGACUUGAAUGAGAUAUGGAAUUGCUAAAUCUCAGGAUUUUCUGAGUGUUGUGACUUUGGUUCUUGCUAAGACGUUAUAGUGAUUAUCGGUCGAUUGUUUGAUUGAUAAAAUGUCCAUCUGAAAUAUCUGCCUGAAGCCAUAUUGCCCUGGUGGCUUAAGAUUCAGGAAUUUGAACAAAAUCUUCAAGUGGAAGUCUACAGUUGUGCUGAAACUGUCUUGAAUGGAACGUUGGAUUGCUGAAUCUCAGGAUUUUCUGAGUUUUCAGAGCUUUUGUUCUUGCUAAAACAAAGUUACAGGGAUUAUCGAUCGGGGCUUUGACUGAUAAAAUGUUAAUCUGAAAUAUCUGCCUGAAGCCAUAUUUCCCUAGUGGUGUAAGAUUCAUAAAUUUGAACAAAAUCUCACUUUAAAAAUCCAGUUGCUCCAAAAUCCAGACUUGGAAGUUUCACCAAGUUUCCAACAUUUUGCAAAGUCAUUGAGGCAAACCCAACAAUUGGGUUUAAAAAUUUUGACUUGACUUUCAAUGGCAUUAUUUUUUUCUCUUAACAAGAGAGAGCAGUACAUCUAGUUUAGAAUGGGGCAUUGUUGUUAUUCAAAGUAGCUGGUACUUAAACUAGCCUGAUAGUUACAGUGAUUAUUAAUUGGGGCUUUAACUGUUAAAAUAUCGCGAAUAUCUGCCUGAAAGCCAUGUUGCCGUAGUGGACUGAGAUAAAACGAUUUGAACAAAAUGUUCCUCUGAAAGUCUGCAGUUGCCCUGGAACCCUUCAAUGACUUGAAUGGAGCGAAAGGUUAUCAGACGCGCUAGCAUUGUGUCCAAAGUAGAGGGGCUGUUGGAUCUGGGCUUUACUGACCGUUUAACAGUGGUAUCAGUGCACUUCCUGAUCUGAGCUCCUCAUGUUCUAAGGGUUUUAGGGGUAACUGAGGAACUUUAGUUCUACUCCUUAACAUACAGCACUAGAUGAAUGUAAUUCUGGACCAUAAAGUUGAUCAGACUUGAAGAGUCAGUCAGUGGUGAAGUGAAUUAGCAGUAAGACGCAUACAGAGAUUUUGGUUUUUAUGAAUGUUCAGAGCAUUAAACUACUACUGUGGUGCAACACUGGUUUAUAUGAAGUAUAUACAGUACGGUACCAGUCAAAAGUUUGGACACACCUCAUUGAAUAUAUGUUAUACAUAACCAUAAACAUGUUGUUUGAAAGGUUAUUGUGCACAUUUUAAAUAUAAAAAUAUUUAACACCUCACAUCCCCGCAUAGCAGACAGUUUUGGGCCGAUUCUGGCUUUUCUACGAGUGUUGGUUGACUACCUGUUGCAGAUGUUAGGCAUGUGGGCCAGAAUAGGGCCAGUUGCUGGACAGCGGCAUACGGUUUUGCCUGGUGUCUAUAUUUGUCUGCCAAUUCUGGCGUGAAUGUUGUGGAUCAACAGUGUAGUUGGGCCGGAUUUGGCCCACAUCCAUUAAUUUCACUCACUUUACAGUGGGUGGGCCAGAUCUGGGCCAAAGACCCAGCCUUAUAUUGGGUCAGACCAAACCCAAGGAGGUGUCCACAAAUGGGCCAGACAAAUUCUGCUAACUGGGUCCCCUCCAACAAGUAGAUUUAGAAGCCAACAAAAACGUGAGCAUCUUCAGGCCUGUUGUAGUUCUGUCUAUAUAAAAGGAUGGAAAGAGACUGUCUGAGCAUUAGCUUAGUUAGCGUAGCAAUAGCAAACUUACUAAUGAGAGGAAUCAUAGCGAGUUUUUGUGAUGUAAUCUUGAACGAGCGCCAUGGAAAUACGCUGUCCGAACAUUAGCUAGACCAGCUCUAACGUUAGCUAAAUUACCAAAGCAUGGUAGAAAUAAUAGCUAGCUAGUUAGGGGUUUGCUGCAUAAUUAUGAGCGAGUCAACCAUGAAAAGAUACUGUCUAAGCAAUAGCUAGGCUAGCAUAGCAUUAGCAGGGUUACCAAUAGCAUGAUAGGAAUAUUAGCUAGCUAGCUACAUAAUUAUGAGCGAGUCAACCAUGGAAAGACACUGUGUGAACAUUAGCUAGGCUAGCGUAGCAUUAGCUGUGUAGUUAGCAGAAGCAUGAUAGACAUAAUAGCUAGCUGAGUUUUUGUGAUGUAAUCAAGGACGAGUACCUUAAAAAACACACUGUGCGAAACAGCCCAGCUCUAACAGUAAAUCACCAAUGGCAUGAUAUGAAUAACAGCUACUUUAUUCUGACAUAAUCUUGGAGGAGUAACAUGAAUUAAUGCUCUCCAAACAUGAGUAAGUCUCUAACGCUGCCUUCAAGUCCUCCUCGGACGUCCCUACAUACGACGUUGGAGGUUGUAAGUACAACUCGAUUCAUGUUUUGGUCGAAAACAAGAUAGAUGAGCUGAAAAUAAUGUUUUUGGUUGUUUUCUGUCUUUAAAGAGUCCUUUUAUUUUGCAUUAGCAAAAUUUUUAUCCAGUUAGAAGCAUCAUAUAACAUGUUCAUGUCUUUAUUUCAGCGCAGGGAUGAUUUUAGCCUGCAGUUUUCAUCUGUGGCCACUGGAUAACAGAUAUGUUACCAGUUUAAUCACCGGCUGUCUUUGCUUUUUUGUUGACCAGCACUGAAAUCGGAGUUUCCCACUAGUAAACAUUUGUGGUGGCGUUCGUGUGCGGUCAUCUCGUAAAUUUGAUGUUUCCGACACGACUUGAAGGUAGCAUAGCAUUAGCUAAGUUGCUAAUCGCAUAGAGGAAACAGUAGCUAGCUAGCUAGCCCAGAUAGCAAGCAUAUAUUGGUCCGCUGUCUUGAUAAGGUCGGCACCCCGCUGACUGUUUGCCACUGCUGGACCACCCUUGGACCACCCAGAUUA